GCGACAUGAGGGAAGACGUCCCUGACGGAUCAGAAGGAAUCAGUCUACAAGUACAGAGACCACUCAGCCGAGAGGUACAGAAAAGCUGCCGUAUGAUCCGCCAUUCCUCCAACCGAGUGCCUGAAGUGAUUGCCAUCGCUGAGUCCAUAUCAGAUUCGGGAGCAAGGAAGGAAGGAAGGACGGAAGGAAGGAAAAUGGCGCACGUUGGCAAGUACGCGGACGAGCUCAUCGCCACGGCGAAGAAAAUUGCGACCCCUGGGAGGGGUAUCCUCGCCGCUGACGAGAGCACGGGCACCAUCGGGAAGAGACUGGCCAGCAUCAACGUGGAGAAUGUUGUAUCCAACAGGAUGGCUCUGAGGGAGCUUCUCUUCACCGCUCCCGGGGCGAUGCAGUACAUCAGCGGCGUCAUUCUGUUCGAGGAGACGCUCUACCAGAAGACGGCAGACGGGAAGCCUUUCGUCGAUGUCCUCAAGGAGGCCGAUGUGGUGCCUGGCAUCAAGGUCGACACCGGAGAGAACGGGCUGGUGCCGAUCGUGGAGCCGGAGAUCCUGAUCGACGGCACGCACGACAUCGAGAAGAGCGCGGCGGUGACGGAGAAGGUGCUGGCGGCGGUGUACAAGGCUCUGAGCGACCACCACGUGCUGCUGGAGGGCACGCUGCUGAAGCCGAACAUGGUGACGCCGGGAUCGGACGCUGCGAAGGUGGCGCCGGAGAUCGUGGGUAAGUACACGGUGAGGACGUUGCAGAGGACGGUUCCCGCGGCCGUUCCCGGGAUCAUGUUUCUGUCGGGCGGGCAGAGCGAGGAGGAGGCGACUCUGAAUCUGAACGCGAUGAACGCCUUGGAUGCCACGAAGCCGUGGACGCUGUCCUUCUCGUACGGGAGGGCGCUGCAGGCGAGCACGCUGAAGGCGUGGGGAGGCAAGGUGGAGAACGUUGCGGCGGCCCAGAAGGCGUUCUGUGUGCGCGCCAAGGGCAACGGGGAGGCGACGCUCGGCAAAUACAGUGGCGCUCCUGCGAUCGAGGGAGCGUCCGAGAGUCUGCACGUUAAGGACUACAAGUACUAAAGUGUGGAAUUCAUUACUAGUUAACUGUAUAGGAAUCUGCAUCGGCGAC